AUGGCGAUGAUCGACGUCGCGCGGCCUCUGUGGCCGGGCGCUUUCGACCAAGAAAUCGCCGAGCUUGCCCAGCAGGAGUUGCAGAACAGCGCGCCUGGGUUCGUCGGGCACGCGUGCCUCACCGAGACCAGCCAGGGCGCGGGUGCCAAGUGCCGCGCUUUCGUGGCCGCCUGCGCGGGCGGGCCGACCCCCGCCGACCCCGAUCUGGAUGCAAAUCUCGGCUUGUUGGGGGCGUCCGAGCUCGGGGACGAACAAAAGGAAGAGCUCGCCAAACUCCAGGGGCAGCUCAAGCAGCUUCGCAGGACAACUGUGAAGUUCUUCAGUUUGCCAUCCGUCGGCGCCGCCUCCGGCGCGGAGUGCGCAGUGGCGCAGCUGCAGUGCGCGCGGGGCGCGCUCAGCCUCGGGCACCGCUUCGCGAGGAAGAAGACCGACGUUCGCGCGCUCAUCCUCUCAGCGGAGCUCUUCCCGCCCAACAUCGCCAAGCAAGGCGUCGAGGCGAGGCUGAGCGAGCAGGUGGCGUGCGACGAGGCGAAGUUCAAGCGAGUCGUCGAGUUCUUCGCGCAGAAGAGGCAGAAGGAUGAUAUCCCCAUCCCCCUCGACGGCAGGAGCCGCGCGAACCGCCGGGUCAUUGAGUCCUUCGAGAAGAAGUUCGAGUCAGGAGGCUCCCACUCGCGCGUUGAGUGCUGGCUCGUGCACGAGCAGCCAGGCAAGAAGGAGGAUCCGCGGCCCCCGGCCAGGGCGCGGAGCUACACCAAGAACAACAAGGAGACGGCGAUCUUCUCGAUGCCACUCAAGGGCCCGCAGAAACUCCCUCGCAUGAACUACGAGACCAAGACGAGCAUCCUGGGAGCUGCAUCUUGCGCUAGCGUUGACGCCGUCAACUCCGCGAGGCUGCCGCGCCUGCAGGGGGGCGUCGAUUCGAAGGGCCACCCGUUCUCGUAUAGCGAGGUGAAGCCCAUCAGCCUGUGGCAGACGAUCAUGGAGCACCAAAAAGUGACCCGCAUCGUGGACUUCACUCCAGGCUCUGGCGCCUUGGCUGUUGCUGCCUCUGGCGCAAUGGAGUGCGAAGGUGUCGCUUCAAACGAUGCGCAUCGGGACUGGCUCGACUCCAUCGUGGACAGGUGCGCGAUGUGCAAGGCGGGCCACGAGGACGGGCGCGCGCAGCAAUUGGGCGGCGACGCCGAGUUCGCCAAGAAAGCCAGCAAGUUUUUUCGGCGGAGCCACGAUG